AUGCUCCCCCCGCGUCUGCCUCCUCACCCCGUGCGUAACUCGGCGGCAACAUUCUCCCCCCCAUCGAGCAGGUUGAAAUGCGAGAGGAAAGAAACUGCCGUUGACGUUGUCGGCGUGAUAGCAGCUGUGGUAGACACUGCUGGAAAUGAUGAAGGUAUCGUCGCCUUCGGUGAUGUCAAAGCUGUAACUGAGGAAGUUGUAUUAGGCUUUGAUAUAAAUGAUGAC